GUUGCAAUGGAGGCGGCAAACGCACUGAAAGAGAAAGGAAACAAAGCACUUUCAGCAGGGGAUCUGGAUGAAGCAGUCAAAUGCUACACCGAAGCCAUCAAACUUGACCCUAAAAAUCACGUCCUGUACAGCAAUCGUUCUGCAGCCUUUGCCAAAAAGAAAGAGUUCACCAAAGCACUGGAAGAUGGCGGCAAAACCGUGGAGCUGAAACCAGACUGGGGGAAGGGUUACUCUAGGAAAGCAGCAGCUUUAGAAUUUCUGAAUCGUUUUGAAGAAGCAAAGAAAACUUAUGAAGAGGGGCUGAGGCACGAGCCAGCAAAUGCACAGCUGAAAGAAGGGCUGCAAAAUAUGGAGGCCAGGCUGGCAGAGAGAAAAUUCAUGAAUCCCUUCAACUCUCCAAACUUAUACCAAAAACUGGAGUCUGAUCCUCGUACCCGUGCGUUGCUGAGUGACCCCAGUUACAAAGAACUGAUUGAACAGUUGAAAAACAAACCAUCUGAUCUUGGCACGAAGCUGCAAGACCCAAGGGUGAUGACAACCCUUAGUGUUCUGCUUGGAGUAGAGCUAGGUAAUGUUGAGGAGGAGGAGGAGGAUACACCUCCACCACCACCUCCCCAACCUAAAAAAGAGACCAAACCUGAACCAAUGGAGGAAGACUUGCCUGAAAAUAAAAAGCAGGCCCAGAAGGAAAAAGAGUUGGGCAAUGAAGCUUAUAAGAAGAAGGACUUUGAGACAGCUCUAAAACAUUAUGGCCAAGCUCAGGAGUUGGAUCCAACCAAUAUGACCUACAUAACUAAUCAAGCAGCUGUAUACUUCGAGCAGGGAGAUUACAAUAAAUGUAGAGAGCUGUGUGAAAAGGCAAUUGAAGUAGGAAGAGAGAAUCGCGAAGACUACCGACAAAUUGCCAAAGCCUAUGCUCGCAUCGGUAAUUCUUAUUUUAAGGAGGAGAAGAACAAAGAGGCGAUUCAUUUCUUCAACAAGUCACUAGCAGAGCACAGGACGCCAGAGGUUCUAAAGAAAUGCCAGCAGGCAGAAAAAAUUUUAAAGGAACAGGAACGUCUUGCAUAUAUAAACCCAGACUUAGCCUUAGAAGAGAAAAGUAAAGGGAAUGAAAGUUUCCAGAAAGGAGACUACCCGCAAGCUAUGAAACAUUACACAGAGGCCAUCAAAAGGAAUCCAAAUGAUGCUAAACUGUAUAGCAACAGAGCAGCUUGCUACACCAAACUACUGGAGUUUCAGCUGGCUCUUAAGGACUGUGAGGAGUGUAUAAGGCUGGAACCCAAAUUCAUAAAAGGUUACACACGUAAAGCUGCAGCCCUGGAGGCCAUGAAAGAUUACAGCAAGGCUAUGGAUGUAUAUCAGAAAGCUAUGGAGCUGGACUCUACUUGUAAGGAGGCCACCGAUGGGUACCAGCGCUGCAUGAUGUCACAAUACCACCGCAAUGACAGUCCUGAGGAUGUGAAGCGCAGGGCUAUGGCAGAUCCAGAGGUGCAGCAAAUAAUGAGCGAUCCAGCCAUGAGGCUUAUCCUUGAGCAGAUGCAGAAGGACCCACAAGCACUAAGCGAACAUCUUAAAAACCCAGUUAUCGCCCAGAAAAUACAGAAGUUGAUGGAUGUUGGUUUGAUUGCCAUCCGGUGAUGAAUUUCACCAUUAGUUCUUUCCUACUUGUUAAGUCAGCCUCCAUGGCGUCUCCUUACCUGCUCAUUCCUUACUGAGAGGCUCUACAGUUGUGCAGUAGCUCUAUGGAAGGACUUGCAGUGUGAUUAAAUCAAAAGCAGAGCCAGACUUGCCCUUCUUUCUUGUUCCGUCAAUCUCUGUUCAUGUUUAUCAGCCUGUCAUAUUGUUAAUAAAGAUCAGCACGCCACAGUAGUGCCGAAUUCCUAGCAGA